UGGCCAAGGCCUCGCAACGGAUCCCUCGAGCUGCGGCUUCGAUCUAUCGAGCCCCGCGAACAUUCACUCCCACUGUCCUCUAUCGAAAUCGCGAGAUAAACUUCGGACGCGCAACGUGCUUACGGAAACACGUGGCCGCUCAUUUUUAUCCCACUUUCACAAAUUUUUUCAACGGUACCAAAAAAAAUUAUGAACCACUGACCUCCGAUUGUCAACAAAAUAAAACAAACAAACAAAUAAAAAAGUUGGGAGGACAGUGACCAAUCGCGAGAGUUUACAAGUGCUAAUAAGUCGGCGCAACGUUCCCUGUCAGCUUUCGUACACGCAUAGUUUUCAGGAGGAUUGACAGUGCACUCGUCGAACGACAACAAAUCUUUCGGACCGUGCAACGACGUGUUGUCGUACAUGCUGACGCAUAUCAAGCUCAGCUCGUCCCUGAUAUUUCCUUGCAGUUCUUACGUCCUCCAGGAUAGCUUUUCUUUCAUAUUUUAUCUCGCGCUGGUGGAAUCGGUUUCUGUGUGUUCCUGUGAUCGUGUGGGUGUCGGGUGCAUCGGUGGAAAAAGUGUAUCUUCACGUGUCUAUUUAAUUAGCAGGUUAUUCGGUACGACUGUGCUUGAGAUUAAUGCGACUACGUUAUUACACAUUUUACUGGAGUACUUUUUAGUUCGAUUCACGUAUAUCGUGGUGCUCAACGUGGUUACUCAGCCUCAAGGGGACGAUGUGAGCUUUCGAUCAUGAGGGAUGCUGCAGGCAGUGGCGUCUGGACAGCGACCGUGACCUUUUUGGCUCUUGGAAGUUGGAUCGGUGGAGUUGGCCCUCACCCUGCAGAUGGUGAGGCUGCGUCACUGACAUCGACCAGAGAACGACUGGAGACGGUGCGUCAAGUGCUUGCAGAAGUUCCACUCAUCGAUGGUCAUAAUGACUUGCCCUGGAACAUUCGAAACUUUGUGCACAAUCAGCUCGCUGAUUUCAACUUUGACGAGGAUCUGCGACAGAUCGCACCUUGGAGCAAAAGUGCCUGGAGUCAGACGGAUUUGCUCAGAUUGCGACAGGGGAUGGUCGGUGGUCAGUUUUGGGCUGCUUACGUGCCAUGCGAAUCACAAUAUCUCAAUGCCGUGCAGCUGACUCUCGAGCAAGUGGAUCUAAUCAAAAGGCUGAUUGAAAAGUAUUCCCAACACAUGCAGUUCGCUGCGUCGUCAAGAGAAAUUCGGGAAGCACAUUCUCGGGGUAGAAUAGCUUCGCUGAUUGGUGUGGAAGGUGGUCACAGCCUGGGGAGCAGUCUCGCCGUUCUCAGGACUUUGUAUCAGUUGGGUGUUCGUUAUCUGACGCUGACACACACGUGCAACACACCAUGGGCGAAAAGUUCGUCCGUCGAGCAGGAGGACGAUGGCGAUGGCGGAGGUCUCACGAGUUUCGGUAAAGUAGUUGUUCGCGAAAUGAACAGAUUGGGUAUGUUGAUCGACCUGAGCCACACUGCGAGAGCGACGAUGAGGGACGCCCUUAGGGCUAGCAAAGCACCUUUAAUAUUUUCACACUCCUCGGCGUUUGCGAUUUGCAAUUCAACGAGGAACGUUCCGGACGAUAUACUCAAACAGCUGGCUGCAAAUGGUGGCCUGGUGAUGGUGACGUUCUACAAUUAUUUCGUCAAGUGCGGACCAGAUGCUAGCGUGGCUGACGUAGCCGAGCACAUUUAUCACAUUAGAAACCUAAUUGGAGUGGAACACAUCGGUGUCGGCGGAGACUUCGACGGUAUCAACAAAACUCCUCGAGGCCUCGAGGAUGUCUCCAGGUAUCCUGAACUUUUCGCUGAACUUUUGCGAAGUGGCAAGUGGAACGUCGACGACUUGAAGAAAGUUGCCGGUCUCAAUUUGCUCAGGGUACUUCGUGAGGUGGAAAAAGUGAGGGAUGAGAUGAGAACGGCAGGCAUAAGGCCGUCGGAAGAGUUUCACGAGUCGCCAGACACGACGGGAAACUGUGCGCUGGACAUCAACUCGGUGCAACGCGUCACCGAAGUCUGACCAUUUACUGGCACUAUCUACUUCUUCCCAUUUCUUCUCCGGAGGGAAAGAAAACUCUUAAAGGCCCUGGACAGCACGCUCAAAACGCUCAUCGACUAGUUUUUAUUGGCGACCUACCGAGGGGUUCGUCGUCGUUUCGCGAAGUGACAAAUCGUCGUGAGAAAGCGCCAAACUCUAAUCGCGUCUUGCACCGUACACACUAACCCUGCAACUACUUCAUCGUGUCAAUUGCUUAUUUUUUUUACUAAUUCAUAUGAUUUUUUUCCACAAAACACCUUCACGAAAAAAAACAACCAACUAAACACUCCUUUUCUACUCUAAACUGAACAAACGAAAUAAUAUUAAUCGUGAUGUGAGAGUGGUGUUCCGAAUUUACCCUACGCACGGUGAACACAGGAAUAAGAAACUCAGUCUUUGUAUGUUUAAAAAAAUGAAGAAACAAGCCGCACUGAGAGUCGUUGCAAAAUCCACCGAUUCUGGGAUCAACGCUCACAGAAAGUUUCGGUGUGUCGAAAAUUCCAUGGGAAAUUCACAUUUCGAUGGAUUUGAAAAUUCCACAGAGUUCGUUGAUUCUGCAACGUCUCGCAACGUAUUGUACAGUGUCUCUUGCGUCGAGAGCCAAGUCGUUUGCAGCGAUCGAAAGGGAUUGGCUGAAAAAUCGUGCGCAGAGCGUCAAGACAAUCGAUCGUUGAAAGCGAUGAGAACAGAGAAAAGCAAGAAAGGACCCGAUGUGCUCGAUCUUUUCAUCGAUUUGACAAACUUGUGGCCCUCUCGCGCGAAUUUUUCACUCGUCUGAUCUCUGAAAAAAUCUACCUGUCUGUGUCUUGUGUGCACUUAUUUCAUUGUCCGUGCUGGGAUCAUUAUCCAAAAGGGGGAAUAAUCGAACGAAUUAUCGUUCCCAUUCCCAUGUAAAAAUGGCUGGAGUUUCAUUGACUGAAAAUUUAUGGAAAAAGGGAUCAACCUCCCUGCACGGACGACACCGCAAACGCCCCUCUUUUCAGGGGCGAGUUUAAGUAUACAGAAAAUCAAACCCCGUUGUAUCUAAACAACGGAUUCUAUGAAUAAAUGUUUCUAUGGUAAA